GUGACAUUUGUGUAGCUGAAAAUCUGGUCACUACAAUCAUUUGUCUUUUCUUUAAUAACCAACGACAUAGAGCAUCAAUUGUUUUGGUUUUCCUUUUUCGCAUGCCAAAUUAGUGUAAAUUAACAGUAUUAAAGUGUAAACGAGUGGCAUAAUGGAAAAGGCUUGGUUACCACCUAUUAUUAUCACCUGCUUUUGGGCCUUUAUUGGAAUAAUUUGCCCAUUUUUCGCUCGAGGACCUAACAAAGGUAUUACUCAAUGCUGCCUGAUGUUGGUUGCAUCCACCUGUUGGUUAUUCUGGUUAUGCUGUUAUAUGACGCAAAUGAACCCACUGAUCGGACCUAAACUAACCAUGAACGAAAUCAUGAUUGUAGCUCGUGAAUGGGGAAACCCCAUCGAAGAUGUCAUUGACAUUACAUACCAAUAGUACUUUUGUCAUUCGUCUGCUUUUUCGUCGAAGGCUUCCUGUUAACAGUUUAUUAUUAAUGUUUGUUGUAUUUGUUUACAAAUGUAAACUUAAUGUGCCUAUGUAUUUUUAGCCUUGCUACUAUUUAAGCACAAAGACAUAUCUGUUAACUUAAGACGCAGCAACUGCAUAAUAUACAAUGCCUACGUCUUAAGGUUUCGAAAUUCCAGUUCUUAUGAAACAAUCGCAAAAAUAAUAUAAAAGUGGUCUUAUAUAUUUAGAAUAAUUUUCGAAAUAUAAAAAUAUAUAGCAAAACCUGUUAUAAAAAGUAAAUAAAAUUUGUUAACAGUCCUUAAAAUUUUUAA